AGCCGCGAGGAUAUGCUAAAGAAUACGGAGAUAAUAGACGAGGAAGUCUUCAAUCAGCUACUCGAACUUGAUGAGGACGGAGGUACAGAGUUUCUGGAGAGCGUUGUCGAGGAAUGGUAUGGUCAAGUCAAAGAUACUUUCGCCGAUAUGGACCAGACGCUUAAAGAGGGAGAUUUACUCGCGUUCUCCAAGCUGGCUCAUUUCCUCAAAGGUUCAUCAGGCCAAUUGGGGGUACAAACUCUCCAGAAUACUUGCGCCAAGUUACAGCACUAUGGUGAACAAUGGGAUGACGAACUGGCCGACGAAAGAACCCAAAAUCUAUCAAAGGAAGAAGCUACGAAGCGCAUCAAAGUGACUCUCGCUCAAGCAAGAACCCAAUAUGCGGAGGCAGAGAAAUGGAUGGCGCGUUAUCUGUCCGCGAGUGACGAAACCUCUGAGCCUGAGCCUGAAGAAGAAAUCAAGAAGCCGGCCGAGAAACAGAGUCCGAAACCUAACGCAGAAUCGCCAAAGCCAAAGGGUUCUCCUACGAAGGUGAAGCCAUGA